UCCCUGCCGAUAUGGCUCCAUAUUUUUUGCGCAAGGACGCGUUGUUCGUCCGGCCGUUACGAAGGCUACGAAUGAAAAGUAAAAACAAAUAAUGGUGAACAAAAACACGACCAACUCGUGCUACGUGAGCUAAAACGAGCCGUGACAUUUGUAGAGAAUAAUUAAUUUCACAAUGGAUGUCCUAUCGCGACCGGCAGAUGAAUUCGUCAACGAUGGCAUGGUGGAGGAGCUGUGGGCCAUGAAAGCCGUCGAGCACGCAGAGGUGCAUUUCAAUCUACUGUGCAGCGUUGAUCCGCGUCUGCUACAUCUUACGCCGUACGACAACGAAAUUUACGAAGAAUUCCGGAAGCAAUUCCCCGACAUGAACGUAGCCGUCGUGGACGAGAACGAGCUCAAGAGUCUGGAUGGUAAGGCCAAGUGGCGAGCCUACAUGGAGAAGUUCAACCGACUGGAGGACUACAGUUACGGGACGUUGUUGCGAGCCAGCGCUAGUGAGGAGUUUCACCCGGAGAAUGCCAUCCUGGUGGUUAGGAUCCAAUUCUGGGCGAUUGAAAUUGCGCGAAACCGAGAGGGACACAACGACUGCAUUAUGAAGAAAUUGGAGUGUUUGAAAUGGCAGGGACUUCGGAUAUGAUGACAGCCCAGUACUCAGCCGCUUCUGUUAAUCAGGUAAUUCUACGUUUACUGCUUGAACGAUGUUUUUUUCGCUUUAGGAAAUUCACGCUU